AGGGUUUAAGCAGGUAUCGAUAUCAUCAGCUUUAGUAGCUAUGGUGCGCGCGGUGCCAAGAGGAUUCACUGCGACUGUGGAUGCCUAUCUCACCCCUGUUAUACGAUUGUACCUCUCCGGUUUCCUUGAGGGCUUUGACGAGGGCUUGAAGGAUGUGACGGUGUCGUUUAUGCAAUCCGAUGGGGGUUUGACGCCGGAACAUCGAUUCUCUGGUCACAAGGCCAUUUUAUCGGGGCCUGCGGGAGGGGUGGUAGGAUUCGCGCGGACCACUUUUGGAUUGGAGACGAAUCAGCCCAUCAUUGGCUUUGACAUGGGCGGGACAUCUACGGACGUGAGCCGAUACGAUGGAACUUACGAGCAAGUGUUGGAAACGCAGACUGCAGGCGUCAUAAUUCAAGCACCGCAAUUGGAUAUAAAUACCGUAGCAGCAGGUGGAGGCUCUAUUCUCAAAUUCCAGGCUGGUACCUUCAAGGUGGGGCCGGAGUCUGUUAGUGCACAUCCAGGGCCGGUCUGCUACCGGAAGGGAGGCCAAUUGGCUGUGACCGAUGCUAACUUACUUCUGGGUCGUGUUAUUCCUGAUUUUUUUCCUUACAUCUUUGGUCCCAACGAAAACGAACCAUUGGACUUGGAGGGCACGCGCGCCGCAUUUGAAUCGCUGGCUCCAACGAUCAACUCCUAUCGCCGUGAGCACGACUCGCAUUCGAAGGAGAUGAGUGUGGAGCAGAUCGCAUUGGGUUUCCUAGAUGUCGCCAAUGAAGCGAUGUGUCGACCGAUAAGGCAGUUGACGGAGAUGAAAGGUUAUGAGACGAGCAAGCAUACUCUGGCCUGCUUCGGUGGUGCAGGCCCUCAGCAUGCAUGCGCUAUUGCUAGAGCUCUUGGGAUGAGGGAGGUCAUAAUUCAUCGCUUCUGUGGAAUAUUGAGUGCCUACGGCAUGGGGCUUGCGGAUGUGGUGGAAGAAGCACAGGAGCCUUACGCGGCUGUCUAUUCCCUCGACUCAUUGGCAGAAGCCAAGCAGAGGGCAAACAAAUUAGCCGAAGUCGCCACAAGGCAGCUUCGCUUGCAGGGGUUCCGUAAAGACGACAUUAAAGUAGAAACGCUCCUCAACCUUCGAUACGAAGGCACUGAUACUGCCAUGAUGAUCCGAGAACCAGAAGACGGCAGCAGCGAUUUUGCAGGUGCGUUUCUGAAGCAGUUUCGUCAGGAGUAUGGGUUUGAACUACAACGGAAAGCUAUCCUCAUAAGCGACGUCAGAGUACAUGCGACCGGGAUUACCAACAUUCUUCAACCUGUCAUCUUGGACAAAGCAAAAAAUGAACCGCAGGAAGAGGGCAGAAGGCACAGAGUGUACUUUGGUUCUGGUUGGCAUGAUACGCCUGUUUACAUGCUUGAGAAGCUUCUUUGGGGUCAUACAAUACCUGGGCCUGCAGUCAUCAUGAGUGGAAAUAGCACUAUCUUAGUUGAACCGGAUUGUAAGGCGGCCAUUACCAAGUAUGGAAAUGUUCACAUCGAGAUUGCAGCUGCUCAGCCACCUGCAACGCUCUCAAGGUUGUCCAUGGUCAAAGCAGAUGUUAUUCAGCUGUCCAUUUUCAACAAUAGAUUCAUGGGAAUCGCCGAGCAAAUGGGCCGGACUUUGCAGCGGACUUCAAUAUCCACAAACAUCAAAGAACGGCUAGACUUUUCUUGUGCCCUGUUUAGUCCAGAUGGAGGCUUAGUAGCUAAUGCUCCUCAUGUACCAGUGCACUUGGGAGCUAUGUCUAGUACCGUCUGUUGGCAACUCCAGCAUUGGGGACAAAAUCUAAAAGAGGGUGAUGUGCUGGUGACCAAUCAUCCUGCCGCAGGUGGGAGCCACCUUCCUGAUAUUACCGUCAUCACUCCCGUCUUUAAAGACGCGAUUCUUAUUUUUUUUGUGGCGAGCAGAGGUCAUCAUGCUGAAAUUGGUGGUAUUACACCCGGAAGCAUGCCACCAUUUUCUAAAGCUAUCUGGGAAGAAGGAACAGCUAUCAAAGCCUUUAAACUAGUCGAGGGUGGGGUUUUCCAGGAGGAUGGCAUUACAAACAUUCUGACAGCAGGCAUGAAGAACACUGAAGAGGAGGAAACUUGCGACAGUGGACAUAUGGUACCGGGAACUCGACGAAUUGAGGACAAUCUUUCGGAUCUUAAAGCACAGGUAGCAGCAAAUCAGCGGGGUAUUGCGUUGAUUGGUGAACUUAUUGAACAAUAUGGCCUAGAAGUAGUGCAAGCUUACAUGCACCACGUUCAGGCCAAUGCUGAAGAAGCUGUACGUGAGAUGCUCAAAUCCAUGGCUCAAAAUGUUCUCUCUCAAUCUCGCGCUGAACAUGAUGAGUUAGUGGUCUUAGAAGCAGAAGACUACAUGGAUGAUGGAUCAACCAUUCAUCUUAAGCUUACAAUAGACGGCAGGAAAGGGGAGGCUAGCUUCGAUUUUGAGGGAACAAGCCCUGAAGUUCUUUCGAAUUGGAAUGCUCCAGAGGCCGUUACGGCAGCAGCCAUCAUCUACUGCUUGCGUUGCCUUGUAGACGUGGACAUCCCUCUUAAUCAGGGUUGUUUGGCACCUGUGUCUAUAAACAUUCCAAAGGGGUCUUUUCUGUCUCCCAGUGAUAAAGCCGCUGUCGUGGGUGGAAAUGUCCUUACGUCGCAGCGUAUAACGGAUGUAGUUCUUACAGCCUUCCAAGCCUGUGCCUGCUCUCAAGGUUGUAUGAACAAUCUUACAUUUGGAGAUGCCACGUUUGGCUAUUAUGAAACUAUUGCUGGUGGAAGUGGAGCUGGUCCUACCUGGAAAGGAACCAGUGGCGUCCAAUGUCACAUGACCAACACUCGCAUGACUGAUCCAGAAAUUUUUGAGCAACGAUACCCUGUUCUUUUGCACAGGUUUGGGCUACGGGCCAAUAGUGGUGGCGUUGGAAAACACAGAGGUGGUGAUGGGGUCAUACGGGAUAUCGAAUUCCGAAAAUCAGUGACUGUCAGUAUUUUAUCUGAACGGAGAGUGCACGCACCACGAGGCCUUGCGGGAGGAAAAGAUGGUGCCCGUGGUGAAAAUUACCUCCUCAAGACUGACGGUCGGCGUUUGUUUUUAGGUGGAAAGAAUACAGUUCGCGUGAAAGCAGGAGAAAGACUCCAAAUUCUUACUCCUGGAGGUGGUGGGUGGGGUUCUCCUGAUUCGUAAGUCAGCUGUUGAUUGCCGUAUAAAAACGUAUAUAAUGUACUGUUGGUUUUUACAGUUGGAUUGCUGCUUGAUACAACCAACAGUCAACCAAUGAUCAAUUCCUAUUAUCACCAAUCUAUGUGCUAAUAUCUCCUACUUAAGAAAGAAUGCAUUGCAUAUUGAGUAUAAA